AUAAUACCCAUCGAGUCUGUUUCUUAUGUCUUCGUACUCAAACAGUCAAACCCCACUUCACUCCUCUCCAUGAAAGCUUAGAUCUUUGCUUCUGCUUCACUCUACAAACACUGCAGACUGUUCUUUGAUAUUCUUUCCAAAUGGCUGGUAGCUAUGGAUCUUCUGGUACAGCUGAAGAGACUCAAAACCCUAAUCCCCUGAAGAGGCUUGCUGAUGCUGGUAGAAAAAUUGAUGUACUCACUGGACAAAUUGAAGGUAUGCUUGCUGGAAAACUUAAAGAUAUGCAAACUGAACAAGUUCAAGAUUCACUUUCUGUUGAAGUAAGACAUAAAUUUUGGGAAACACAACCUAUUUGUCAAUUCAAGGAUAUAGGAGACGUCAAUUUGCCUGAAGGCCCCAUUGAACCCCCGAGACCUUUGUUUGAAGUUAAAAAAGAGCCUUACAAUCUCCCAAACUUUUAUGAAUGGACCACUUGUGAUAUGGACUCUGAAGAAAUCUGCGCAGAGGUGUACAACCUUCUUGCCAACAACUAUGUUGAGGAUGAGGAGAACAUGUUCAGAUUUAAUUAUUCAAAGGAAUUUCUUCGCUGGGCUCUUCAUCCGCCUGGUUAUUUCAAGAACUGGCAUAUUGGUGUCCGUGUCAAAAGUUCAAAGAAGUUGGUUGCAUUCAUCACUGGUAUCCCUGCAAAAAUCUGGGUCCGCGACAAAAUUGUUCCCAUGGCAGAGAUUAAUUUCCUGUGUGUUCAUAAGAAGUUGAGAUCAAAAAGGCUUGCUCCUGUUCUGAUCAAAGAAGUGACUAGGAGGGUUCAUUUGGAGAAUAUCUGGCAAGCAGCUUUUACUGCUGGAGUAACUAUUCCGACACCAGUGACCACUGCCCAAUAUUGGCAUCGCUCUUUGAAUCCUAAGAAGCUUAUUGAUGUUGGGUUUUCUAAACUGGGAGCAAGAAUGACAAUGAGCCGAACAAUUAAACUUCACAAGCUACCGGAAUCACCUAUGACUCCAGGGUUCAGGAAAAUGCUGCCUCAUGAUGUUCCUGCAGUUACACGGCUACUUAGAAAAUAUUUAAGACAGUUUGCCAUUGCACCUGAGUUUAACGAAAAUGAUGUCGAGCAUUGGCUUCUUCCAAAAGUAGAUGUUGUCUACAGUUUUCUGGUUGAAAGUCCUGAAACUCAUGAGAUCACUGAUUUCUGCAGCUUUUACUCUCUUCCCUCUUCAAUUCUUGGCAACCAGAACUAUUCAACGCUGAGGGCAGCUUACUCGUAUUACAAUGUUUCCGUAAACACCCCCUUGAUUGAUUUGAUUAAUGAUGCUCUUAUCAUGGCCAAACAGUUGGACUAUGAUGUUUUUAAUGUAUUGAAUAUUAUGGAAAAUGAAUCUUUCUUGAAGGAACUGAAAUUUGGAGCAGGUGACGGUAAAUUGCAGUAUUAUCUCUACAACUAUCGGAUAAAAGAUGAAUUGAAUCCAUCAGAUCUGGGGCUCAUACUCUUGUAGUCUGAGUUCUGAAACUUUUAGUUUGUAGUAUGAAGCUAAUGGAAGCACUCUUAGUGAUAUUGCCUUAGUUAGUUGUGACUAUCAAAGGUUAGAUGCUAGGUUUUAAUGUACUAAUUAAUUAAGCUAAUCUUGUGUAACUUUCCUGGACUGGGAUUUAUAGGCAUUUAUC